CUCCACCGACGCAAGUGGACUGUGCUGUGCUGUGCGGUGCUCGUGCUUGUGUGGCUGCUCGGACCCUAUCGGUGGGUACGGGCGAGUAGCAACGAGAGCAACAAGGAGGAGGGAUCGCUCUUCUCCAGGUCGGUUGCAGCAUAGACUCUAGGGUACUUAUAUGUUCUCGAGCUCAAAUCGCCCAAAGUUAGUGGGGAAAGGAAUGUAAACAAUUGCAUGCCUGUGAUUGGAUGUCAUGUUGGCAUGUGGGUUUCUUCUCUUCUGCUUAUUCCUUCCACCCUCCAUCCAUCCCACGGACCUGAUCGAAGGAAGCAGCGAGAGACGGAAAUCGGAACUGAAAGCUAUGCUCUGAAGGCAGAAGGGCAAAAGCGAUACCUAUAUCCCUUUUCCCUCCGACUCCCUCGACAUCUCCCUUAUCGCCCGCUCUCCCCCCGUCGUCCCGUCGAGCUGCGACGAUAUGGACAUGGCUUCUCGACACCUCGGCCACGUCUUCCACCGCCUGCUGCUCGUCCUGCUGCUACGAUCCGCGCACACAUCGGCCCUUGCCAUCCAUGCUGCCGCCGACCAUCUCCGAAAACGGACACAAUCCCUAUCAUCAUCAUCAUCUACCACUUCGACCGCGCCUUCAUCGAUAACCUCGGCCGCCGCCGCCGCCUCCAGCUCAACAUCUCCCAGCGGCGGCAGCGAAAACCCGCGCCUCUCCCUCGCGCUCAAGAUCUGCUUCGGCCUGUUCGCGGCAAUAUUCACGCUGUCCAUCAUAUUCUGUGCGAUCCGCUCGGCGCAGCAGGGACGCCGCGAGCCAAAGGUCGAUGCCGACGUGCGGGUGCAGGACUUGCGGGAGGUGACAGCGGAGACUGCGGUGGAGAGGGAGGUGGAGGUGGAGAAUCUGGGGGAGAAUCUGGGGGAAGCCGCCGUGAGAGUGCCCGAGAGGGUAUUGGUCGCUGAGGAGAGGGUCAGGAGCUGGGUCAUGGAGCAGGAGGUGCUGGUUAACGGCGCCGUGGCAAGCCGGGGUGAGGUUAAGAUUUAGGCCGGUCGUGUAGAGUACAUACGACCGCGGGGAGACAUAUUUGCUAUGCUACGCUAGAAAGGCGAGGGUUUGCGGCGUCUGUCGGUCUGUCGCUAUAUUGGAUCUUGUUCUUGUUUCUUAUUCACCCUCCCACCGCGCAGUACUUAACGGUCCCACCCCGAGCCCGAG